UUCUGUCCUCGGCCUGACAGCUGUUUCUCUCUCUCCCUUGCCGAUCCAGCUCUUUCGGUCCUCCGUCUGGCAAGUUAGUGCAGCGAAAUGGCUCCUCCUCUACUCUCCUUUCCCGGCAAAAACCCGCCGAUCGUCCCCCUCCCUUCCCUUUACCGCCCCACCACCACCACCGCCACCGCUACCACCUCCUUCCGCUCACCGCCUCCACCACCGCCGUCGAUCGGCUCCGCCGCCCGCAUCCAGAAGCUGAUCGCCGCCCAGUCGGAUCCCCUCCUCGCGAAGGAGAUCUACGACGUGGCCUCGUCCCUCCGCCCUGAUCUCCUCCGUCGCUCCUCCCUCCACACUCUCAUCCUCAAGCUCGCCCGCGCCCGCCACUUCUCCGCCGCCCUCUCGUUCCUCCGCCACCUCCCCUCCCCCUCCCCCGCUCUUCUCUCCUCCCUCUUCCACACUUUCUCCCGCGUCUCCCGCCCCGACCUCGCCCUCUCCGCCUUCCGCCGCCUCCUCCUCUCCUCCUCCUCCCCCCCUUGCCCCAAGCUAUUCAACCGCCUCCUGUCCGCCCUCGCCACCCACCCCUCCUCCCUGCCCGCCGCCCUCUCCCUCCUCAAGUCCGCCUCCUCCCUUGGUGUCACGCCCACCACCCGUUCGUUCAAUGUCCUCAUGUUCGCCUUCUGCCGCGUUGGCAAGCUUAGCGUCGCCUACUCCCUCUUUAACCGCAUCUUUGCUGUUGGUCUCACUCCCGACGUCGCCUCCUAUCGGAUCCUCAUGCAGGGUCUCUGCCGGAAGAGCCAGGUUGGCACCGCCAUCAGCCUCCUCGACGACAUGCUCAACAAGGGCUUCGUUCCUGAUGCGCUCACAUACACUACGCUCCUCAACAGUCUCUGCCGUAAGAAGAAGCUCCGUGAGGCCUACAAGCUGCUGUGCCGCAUGAAGGUGAGGGGAUGCAACCCCGACAUCGUUCACUACAACACGGUCAUCAUCGGGUUCUGCAGGGAGGGGCGGCCGCUCGACGCCUGCAAGGUGAUCGAGGAUAUGCCCAAAAAUUUUGGCUGCUUGCCGAAUCUUGUGUCGUACGCAAUAUUGGUUCAUGGGUUGUCCUCUCGGGGCCUGUUUGAGCAGGCCAAUGGGUAUUUGGAGGACAUGAUGGGAAGGGGGCUUGUGCCGCACUUCUCAGUCUUCCAUGCUCUGAUUAAAGGGUUCUGUGGUGUGGGGAAGGUAGAUGAGGCUUGCCGGGUCUUGGAGGGAAUGCUGAGGCAGGGGGUGGCGCCGCACGUGGAUACUUGGGAUUUGAUAGUGGCAGGAGUUUGUGAUGAGGAUAGAGAGAAGUUGGAGGCGGCUGUUCUGAAAGUGGUGAAGGAGGAAGAGUGGCGAAGGUGCACAAAGAUCGUGCAAUUAGGUGGUGCCUUGGAGGAGUAUAUGAUCAGGAGGUUUUGCAUGAGAAAUUUGCAGAGAGAUCGUUGUUGGUGAACCUUUUGGUCUUCAGUGCAUGAUGUCAGUUGGAGGAAAAAAAGCAUGGGAUACACCAGGAACUCUAAAGUGGAAUUUCUUCAAUUUUCAAAAAUGGAUCUUGUGGUUUAGCUGAAAUGAGGAGACAACAAAUGGAAGGCAGUAUCGAGGAAUAUGAUGUUAACCUGGACAGGCUGCUUGACCAUGAGUAGUUUAUUGAGUGAUGUUACAAAUUGACAGGUGAUAGCUUAUUCUCGGAUUUUUUACUUAUUUAUGGUUAAUUUUAAAAAAAAUAUCAAAAUAAUGUCGAUCUGAAACUAUUUACGAAAAUACUGCUCAGAAGAAAGUCGUCCUUUCAAAGGACGACUUUUUUUGUCGAGUUUUGCCAACUCACCAAUUUGACUGCCAGCUAGGGAUUAGGUGGAACAGAGAAUGAGUCGCCCUUUGAUAGGGUGGCUCUAUUCUAUGCCUUAUUUACAUUUUCUGUGACUUUCUGUGUCUUAUUUAUAUUUUUUAUCUUUUUGUAUCUUAUUUAUAUUUUUUUAUUUUAAAUUAAUAUCUCCAUUUAUUUUAAUCUUCAUUGGCUUUAAAACAUAAAUGUAAAUAAGCAAAUACCUUCCUAUUUGGAAUCAAUAAAAAUAUCAGAAAAAUUAAAAUUUUUAAGAAUAAGAAGUCAAAAUUUAAAUUUUAGUUUAUUUUUUUUAAAUCUAAAAUUUUUAAAAUUUUUUUUGUUCAGAAUGAAAAAGUUAAAGGGUCUCAAAAUUCAUUAAAAAUUAUUUUGUGACUCACUAAUAUCCAAGGAUCAAUUACCAUCAAUUUUGAUUUUAAAAAAAUACAUAUUUUAUAUAGCUCUUCAUAUGUGUUAAUUUUCUGACUUAGAAAAUUUUUAGGAUCCGUAAUGGCAGAUAGUCACAAAUUGUAUCCAACUGGUUUCAACAAAUUUUGACAAGGUAAGUUUAAUUCAAAGUAGUUUAUAAUUCAAGACACAAAUGGCUUCAACAAAUUUUGGCAAGGUUUUUGAAUAAUAAACUACUUUGAAUUAAACUUAUCUUGUCAAAAUUUGUUGAAGCUAGUUGGGCACAAUUUGUGACUAUCUGCCAUUAUGGAUUCUGAAAAUUUUUUAAGUCAGGAUCUGUAACGACAGAUGUCACAAAUUAUACUCAACUGGCUUCAACAAAUUUUGACAAGGUAAGUUUAAUUCAAAGUAGUUUAUAAUUCAACCUUUUGAAUUAGCACAUAUAUAGAGAGCUAUAUAAAAUAUAUAUUUUCUUGAAACUAAAAUUGACGGUAGUUGAUUUUUGAAUGUUAAUGAGUCACAAAAUAAUUUUUAAUGAAUUUUGAGACUUUUUAACCUAUUCGUUCUGAAGAAAAAGUUUUAAAAAUUUCGGAUUUGAAAAAAAUUUAAACUAAAAUUCAAAUUUUGAUUUCUUAUUCUUAAGGAUUUUAAUUUUUCUGAUAUUUGUAUUGAUUCCAACUAGGGAGAUCUUUACUUAUUUACAUUUAUGUUUUAAAGUUAAUGGAGAGUAAAAUAAAUGGGAACAUUAAUUUAAAAUAAAAAAAAUAUAAAUAAGAUACAGAAAGCCACAGAAAAUUUAAAAAAAUCGCAAAAAGUCAUCCUUUUGUAGGGCGACUUAUGGAGUAUAUAAAGCCAUCCUAUUAAAGGGUGACUUAUUCUCUGGUCUAUCUAGUCUCUAGCUGGCAGUCAGGUUGGUGAGUUGGCAAAGAAAGUCGUCCUUUGAAAGGGCUACCUUCUGAGCAGUAUUUUUGUAAAUAGUUUUAGCUCAGCAUUAUUUUGAUAAUUUUUUUUAAAAUUAAUCAUAAAUGAUAAAGAAUCCCUUAUUCUCGGUUAGAAUCUAUUGUUGCCUAUCUGGAGUACUGCUCACCAGGAGGACAAGAAAGAUGGUGCCUUUUUAAGUGAUGCAGAGGCUGCUAACUGUUUCUAUAGGUCCAUUGUUUCUCUUGGUGUUAACCAAGCUAAUUGCCACUUAAAUUUGUUACUCUAACACAAAUAUGUUCCAUCUCUUUAUUUUAUUAAGUGGAAUAUUGAAAAACAUUGUUGCAAUUAUUUGCUUCAAUAUAUAGGGAACAUAGAGCUG